CGCCAGGGCCAAGGGGACUGGAGACCAUUCGCCGCAACCCGCUCCCUGUCCGGCUCCGACACCCGCAUCCUGUACACAUGCUGAUAUUAAAGCUGCAUGAAGUGUCUUAGGAACAUUUUGCGUUCUCCUGCCUUUUAAGAGGUAGCCGGAGUAGAUGGCUUCAACUGUAGUUCCCAUUUCAGAGCUAAGGGAGCAUGAGCCACUUGCAGAACUUACUCUUAGAUAGCCUCCUGGGAACGAAGCACGUGGACAGCGCGGCCCUCAUCAAACUCCACGAGCGGAGCGUGUGUGUCGCAACACCAGGAUUUAGUCUAAUGCCGAGUGAUACCCGAACACUUGUGAAUGGAUUUGCCAAAAACCCUUUGAAAACCCGUAGAGAAGGAUUGUAUUUCAAGGAACAGGAUUACAAAUGUGUCCGGGCAGAUGACUACUCUCUUUAUGCAAAGAAUGACAACGGUGGUGUGGUUGUUGUGAAGACCCAACAGUAUCUUCUGGUGGCCACUUAUACUGAAGGAAUGUAUCCAAGUGUCUGUGUAGAAGCCACAGAGAAACUGGGAGACUAUCUAAGAAAAAAAGGACAUUAAGUCAUAAGAGGACUAUAAAAGACAGCUUUUUCAUUUUAGAAGAAGACUAUAGAUCCCAAAGAAACAAUAUCUUAUUUUGUGGUUCGAAAACACAAAGCAGAAGAUUCCAA